AUGGUGCCGGGAACAUUCCACAUCACCUCCAUGAGCAACUCUCUGUCCCCUACACGAGUGUUCUCGAAGACCUUCGAAGCUGGGUGCAGAAACAACCCGCCACCAGCCCCCUAUUCUGCCGCUUGUGCCUCCUCGCUCCCCCUCCCACCCCCCGCCGCCCCCGCCGCCCCCGCCCCAUAGUUCCGGCGGAGCUGGCUGGCAGGCGGGCGGGCAGGCAGGCGGGCGGGCGGGGUACCCACGGGGCCGGCUGCCGUCAGCGUCCCUUCCCGGAGGCCGCGACCCCUCCCCGCUGACCUCACCCGCGCCGCCGCCUCGCGCAGAUAUAAGCAACAGCCCCGCCGAGAAGCUGGCAGCCGGCGUCCCGGGUCCUGCGAGCGCUCCCCGACUCCUGACCCGCCCACUCCAGACCCCAAAACUCCGGAUCGGAGCCCAGGAUCCCGGACCAGUCCGCGGAGCUCGCGCCGGGCAGGCGCCGCGAUGUCCGGCCCUUGGUUUCUGCUUGCCAUUGUUUUGACCCUGACCCUGACCGGUGUCCCCGGCGGCCGCGCACAGCAGGAGGUGGCCCAGCAGGAGGCGGCUAUGGCCGCCCAGCAACUGGGCCUGGACGACCUCCUGCGGCAGGCGGAGCCCCUCCUCCUCCUCCGGGAAGACCUCCAGCGACUCCGAGAGGACCAGGAAGAUAGCGAAUCAGAGUCCCAGAUCUUUCAACCAUAUUGGCUCUCCAAGCGUCAGCAUCCAGGCAAAAGGGAGGAGGAGUCAGAAGAGGGAGUGGAAGAGGAAGAGGAAGGAGGGGCCGUGGGACCCCACAAACGGCAGCACACUGGCCGGCAGGAGGAGGUGGCUGCAUGGCCAGAGGAUAUAAGCCAGCAGAAGCGGCAGCACCCUGGCCGGCGCUCCUCCUGGCUUGGGUACACUUUCACCAAGAGGCAGCACCCAGGCAGACGGCUGGCAGAUCCCCAGGCCCAAAGCAGCUGGGAAGAGGAGGAGGAGGAGGGAGAGCUGAUGCCGGAGAAACGCCAGCAUCCAGGAAAGAGGGCCCUGGGAAGCCCAUGUGGGCCCUGGGGAUCCUGUGGUCAAGCCAGCCUCCUGCUGGGCCUCCUGGAUGACCUGAGCAGGGGCCAGGGGGAUGAAGAGAAGCGGCAGCACCCUGGGCGGCGAGCGGCCUAGGCCAGGGUGCCCCUGGAGGAGUGA